UGAAGCCAAACCAACCAAGAUCCAUCCAGCCUGGUUUUUUCCAAUUAAAGGUGCUUCUUUUUUCUGCUCAACCACCCAGUAUGAUCUACUACUAUAUGUAUUUAUGCCAAGACUUCACUAUCUUAAAAAGUCAACUGUUUAGACAGAUCAGUUGGGGCCUUAAUUUUCAGUAGAAAAAAGAAAAUGUCAAAAUCCCCUAGCAAAAGAGAAAAUAUGUUGUAGAGAUGUUUUUAAUUAGAAGGUUUGACCAAUAAUUGAGGGAGUUGGCAGCAGGAACCAUGUCUUUGAAAUUUAAAGCAAGAAAAAGAAUAUAGUCUAUUAGAUAAUAGUAUUGUAUGUGUAAUAUUUGUCUCUAUUUAAUCAAUCUGUUUCCUGUUAAGAAAUUUUGAAAAGAACCUGAUAUGUAGCAAAAAGCUCUUUUUUUUGCUGUUGCUGUAGACUUUCUUUUCUCAGUUUGUAGUCAUGGGAAGCAGUCAUUUCUUCAUCAUCUUUCUGUUGAACUUUCUGUUGAUUCUUUGUCCUUCUGUUUCACUUCCUUUGUGUACUGAUUCAAGGGCUCCUCUGCCUCAAAAGACUCCACUUACAUUCUGUCCUUAUAAUGGAACAUCAUGCUGUAACUCUGGUGAUGAUAAGCAAUUGAAGAACCAAUAUGAUGCUAUGAACAUUUCUGAUUCUGGUUGUGCUUCUCUAGUGAAGUCUAUCCUUUGUGCGAAAUGUGAUCAGUUUUCAGCAGAUCUCUUUAGUACUAGUUCUGCUCCUAGACAGAUUCCAAUACUGUGCAACUCCACAACUUCAGCAAAUUUUACGCAAUCUAGCCAAGCUACGAAUAACUUUUGCUCUAAAGUUUGGACUACAUGUCAAAAUGUGUCCAUCGUGAAUUCUCCCUUUGCUGCUUCCUUGAAAGGUCGAGCUCCAACACCUGUAAAGUCCAAUUCCACCAAGUUGACGGAUCUCUGGCAAUCACAAGACGAUUUCUGUAAUGCAUUUGGAGGAGCUUCUGGUGAUGAAUCAGUAUGCUUUGCUGGAGAACCUGUUGCCUUAAAUACCACUGAACCUUUAAGUCCUCCAGGUGGUUUGUGCCUUGAGAAGAUAGGAAAUGGUAGUUAUCUCGAUAUGGCUGCUCAUCCUGAUGGUUCUAAUCGUGCCUUUUUCUCGAAUCAGCAAGGAAAAAUAUGGUUGGCUACCAUUCCAGAAGUUGACUCUGGAAAGGUGUUAGAGCUUGAUGAGUCCAAUCCUUUUCUGGAUCUAACUGAUGAAGUUCAUUUUGACACUCAAUUUGGUAUGAUGGGGAUUGCAUUUCAUCCAAAGUUCUCACAAAAUGGUCGUUUCUUUGCUUCGUUCAAUUGCGAUAAGCAAUCAUGGGCUGGAUGUGCAGGAAGAUGCUCUUGUAACUCGGAUGUGGAUUGUGAUCCAUCAAAACUACCUAGUGAUAGUGGUACCCGGCCAUGCCAAUAUCAAACAGUUAUAGCAGAAUUUACUGUCAAUGGAACAGCAAACCAACCAUCAGAGGCAAAAUCUGCCAGCCCCAUAGAAGUCAGAAGAAUAUUCACCAUGGGCCUUCCUUUUACCUCUCAUCAUGGAGGCCAGAUUCUUUUUGGACCUAGCGAUGGAUAUUUGUAUUUCAUGAUGGGAGAUGGUGGGGGUAUUGGAGAUCCUUACAAUUUUUCCCAAAACAAGAAGUCGUUGCUUGGAAAGAUUAUGAGACUUGAUGUCGAUAGCACACCAAGUGCUGCAGAGAUUACCAAGCUUGCUUUAUGGGGAAACUACACCAUUCCAAAGGAUAAUCCUUAUAUUGAAGAUAAAGAGUUGCAGCCAGAAAUAUGGGCACUAGGAAUGCGAAAUCCUUGGCGCUGUAGUUUCGAUUCUGCAAGGCCAUCUUACUUCAUGUGUGCAGAUGUAGGCCAGGAUCAUUAUGAAGAGGUGGAUUUAAUCACCAAGGGAGGAAACUACGGUUGGCGUAUGUAUGAGGGUGACAGACUAUUCACUCCUUCAAAAAAUACAUCUAUAAACCCAAUUUUCCCAGUCAUGGGUUAUAAUCACUCUGAUAUAAAUAAGGCUGAAGGUUCAGCCUCAAUCACUGGUGGAUACUUCUAUAGGUCCACGACCGAUCCUUGCAUGUCUGGAAAGUAUCUGUAUGCAGAUUUAUAUGCAGGUGCUAUGUGGGCAGGCACUGAAACCCCUGAGGACAGUGGAACAUUUAACACGACCGAAAUUCCAUUCACUUGUGCUGGAAAUUCCCCUAUAAACUGUGAAUUAGUUCCAGGAAGCACAGUUCCAGCUUUGGGAUACAUUUUCUCAUAUGGUGAGGAUAAUAAUAAGGAUGUAUUUCUCCUAGCAAGCAGUGGUGUAUACAGGGUUGUUCGUCCCAGUCGAUGUAAAUACACUUGUUCUAAGGAAAAUGCUACUGAUAUUGCUACUCCAGCAGCUCCUGGUACUUCCCCUCCUUCAGCAGCAGUCAUGUUUACAGGUUCAUACAAGAAUUUAGUACUACUACUAUUGUCCUUUUGGUUGAUGGUCAUCAGUUGAUAAUAUAAUGGAUGCUGCUUAAGCUAUUUUAUGUGUAUAGAGGAACACAAAAUAGGCUGCUUAAUUAGUUUUAAGUAUUAUAUUAUAUACAAUUGCUCUCUUUGCUUUCUUUUAGUUCAUUGCAUGAGUAUUGUUUCUGGAUUUUUUGGCAAUUGUUGGAUGUAAUAUAUGCAAAUGGUGGUCAAUAAUUUGUGAGGAUUGUCACUUAAUUUAU